AACUACUGCUGUCUGACAUCAGAGACAUAUUAAGAGAGGAGGAGAGGCAGAUAUAUUAGGAAGAAGUUGAGGCAAUCAACACAGAGCUGAUUUAAACACAUCUGAGAUUUAAGGUUUAUCUCAGUGGCAGUGGCUCUACAGAUCGUGCAGGAGCACAGCUGACCCCAUUAUCCAAUUCCCUUCCUUUUCGGCUUCUGCCCCUUCUUCCCACCCAAGACCAUGGAGGAGGUCACCAAGGUCCCGCCACCCGUCCUGGAACGUCGGGUUCGCCAGCGACAGACCACAGUUUCAGUCCUCAAAUCCAAGCUGAAGCAUGGUGUGACCUGCUCCGUACCAAAAGUUCGAUCCACCCUCACCGGAUUCUUCCCUGUUGUUCGCUGGCUGCCUAAAUACAAGCUCAAAGAGUACGUCUUGGGCGAUUUUAUGUCCGGGGUCAUCGUUGGAAUCAUCUUGGUACCACAGGCCAUCGCCUACUGCCUGCUGGCAGGAGUGCCGCCCAUCUAUGGUUUAUACACCUCUUUUUACGCCAACAUCAUCUACUUCCUCAUGGGGACAUCCAGACAUGUCUCUGUGGGGAUCUUCAGCCUCAUGAGCCUCAUGGUUGGACAGGUGGUAAAUAAGGAGAUGUUCCUGGCUGGAUUUGACCUCAAUGAAGACUCCAAAGCUUCUGGCCUGGUGUUAAAUGCCUCCCUCGGCUCUAAUCUGACAAUUGGUUCACCUCACAGUGUGGAGCUAAUGGGUGUGCAGUGUGGGAAGGAGUGUUACUCCAUCUCCAUCGCUGCUGCCCUAACAUUCAUGGUUGGCGUCUAUCAGCUCCUUAUGGCCGUGUUUCGGCUAGGCUUCGUCUCCGUUUACCUUUCGUCACCCAUGCUUGAUGGUUUUGCUACAGGAGCCUCUUUCACCAUCCUCACCGUACAGGCUAAAUACCUGUUGGGCAUAAAGAUCCCCCGUCACCAAGGCUACGGCACAGUUGUCGUCACCUGGUUCAACAUCUUUGCCAACAUUCAUAACACCAACCUGUGUGACCUCAUCACUAGUGCAAUCUGUAUCUCUAUAUUAGUGGCAGGAAAGGAGAUCCAGGAGCGCUACAAGGAUCGCCUGAAGAUCCCUUUCCCGACUGAGCUGAUUAUAGUGGCAGGAGCUACGCUGGCUAGUCAUUUUGGGGAUCUGAACAGCAAAUAUGACUCCAGUGUUUCCGGUCACAUCCCCACAGGGUUCAUUCCUCCUCAGGUGCCCAGCUUUACUCUGAUGCCACGGUUGGCACUGGAUGCCAUUCCUCUUGCAGUCAUUAGUUUUGCCUUCACGGUGUCACUGUCCGAGAUGUUUGCUAAGAAGAACGGAUAUACAGUCCGUCCCAACCAGGAGAUGCUGGCCAUCAGCUUUUGCAACAUCAUCCCUUCCUUCUUUCACUGCUUCACCACCAGUGCUGCAUUGGCAAAAACUAUGGUGAAAGACUCAACAGGCUGCCAAACACAGAUAUCCAGUCUGAUUAGCGCCCUGGUCGUCCUUCUUGUCCUCCUCUUCUUCGCGCCUUACUUCUACGCUCUCCAGAAGUGCGUUCUUGCCUGUAUCAUCAUUGUUAGCCUUCGGGGGGCACUGAGGAAGUUUAAGGAUGUCCCGGCAAAGUUGCGUGCUAGCCGAGAUGACGGUAUUGUUUGGCUGGUCGCCAUGUUCGCCACGGCUCUGAUCAGUGUGGAGAUUGGUCUUGUGGUCGGGGUAGUGUUUUCUAUGAUCUGCGUAAUCUAUAAGACCCAGAACCCUAAGGUCUCUCUCCUUGGCAAGGCCAGUGACGUCGAUCUUUACGAAGAUGUGGAAGAGUACAAGAACCUCAUGCCACCACCCCGGGUUCAGAUCUUUCGCUUCCAGGCUCCUCUGUAUUACGCCAACAAGGACUCAUUCCUCAGAUCUCUCUACAAAGCUGUCGGAGUUGAACCUUUCCUGGAGCUGACUAAGAGGAGAAAGGAAGAGAAGAAGGCUAAAGAUAUGUCUUCGAAGCAGAUAAAAGCGAAUGGAGAUAAAAGCAAUGGCGAGGUUGUCAUUGGACUUGUCGAAAGAGAACUAGAUUUCCACACGAUAGUUUUAGACUGCUCCGCUAUCCCGUUCAUAGACUCCACAGGCAUGGCCACUUUUGAAGGGCUGGUCAAGGAAUAUGGAGAGAUAAGGGUGAACGUGUUCCUCGCAAAUUGUAACACCUCAGUCAUUGAUCUCCUACAGAAGGGACAAUUCUUUGGGAAAAAUGACAAAGACAUGAGCAGUCGGUUGUUUCAUACAGUUCACGCUGCAGUUCUUCAUGCAAAAGAUUCAUACGCAGCAGCAGAGAGCAGGUCUGAAGACUCUGGGGUGUAGAGAAGGUCGAAGGAGAGGCAAUUUUGGUAUGCUAUCUUGUCCUCUAAAACAAUUCUGCAUUAGGCUGCUUUGAGACAGCCUUUUACAAGUUUAGUCCAAGAAAACAUGGAGGUACCAAGAAAAUCCAGGUAGGCAAGACAACUGCAAACCAGGCUUUGUGGCAUUCAGCACAUUUUCGUUUUUUCAGUACAGGAGAUGCAAAUGGUACAGGGUCCAACAUAGUCAAAGAAUAACUAACAGGUUAGUUCCUAUUAAGUUCCUAAUUAAUAACUGGGUAUGUCAUUGUUAUGACCUGGCUCAAAAGGCCACAACAAAGAGGAGACACACCAUAUCAACGGUUAUACAAAUAUGUUUAUUAAAGCAAGUGAUUCAAAUUAGCCAAAUUAAUCAAGUGCAAAGCAAGUAAAGCAUGAGGUGUGAACGUCAGUGGUAUCAGUAAUGUAACUGCAGGGUGAGGAUUGCAUGAACAUGUAUGUGUGAGGGUGUUGAGGUGCAAAAAGUAAAACAACUGAAAUAACUAAUAACAUACUCAACCGAACCAGGUGCCUGUAGGAGAAAGCAGAGGGAAGACAGAGAGGAGCAGAGGCUUUUAAAUAGCUGCAGGGCACCAGACCCAGGUGCCCUGAGUUACUGCAAUCAAGACAGCACAGCCACACCCUGGCUGUUUCUCAAUGUCGAGUACACAUGCUGCAGAGCAACUAUUUCAAGUAUACUACGUCAUAGAGUGGCGCAGAAUGCUGGGCAUUUAACAUGCAUUUAAACAGUCCUUCGGUGCCACUCCAUGACGUGGUAUACUUGAAAUAGUUGCUCUGCAGCAUGUGUACUCGCGAUUGAGAAACGGCCCCUAUCUAGAUUAACCCACAGGGACAUCACAGUCAUAUAACACUGUCAAGAACAGCGUUCUUUGCAAUGAAAGCCGUUUUUACAUUUUAUAUCACUUCAAGACUUUGGCUGGAGUCCAAAAUGGCUCCAAUCCAGAGUCAAGAGUUCAGACGUGAAGCUCCAUCCACUAUCUGCUGUAUUUUCUGAAGUGCCAACUAUCACAUUGGACCUCAAUAUAAUAUCUUAAAGGCCAGUUAAACUCUUCCUGACUUGAAGCUGAAACACUUUUUUCGUGGCAGGAAUAGAAGCUUAAAGUGAAUCAGGAGGACUGAGUACUUUGUUAUCAUACCUGGGAUCAUUAAAGCAUGUACUCUUGCCCUGAUCACCAAACAAUGAUAGAAACGUUUUCUACAUCUGUUCUCGUAAAAAUAAAAGACUCCAACACAUUUGUGAUGCCUUUUCAGGUGCUGUAUGGAAAAGCAAGUCAUGUAUUUGUAUUUUUUAUUUCUGAUGGCAGCUAACAAUGCCAUACAAAAAACACACUAGUAAGAGGGGAUUGCUGCUUGCUACCACUAGUUUAUUUAAUCAAAUGUUUUAUUACUUGCAAAAUAAGCAAACACUGUGUCUCUUAAAUCACUGUUUUCCCUUAUGUCUUUCAUCCUGUUGCUGCCAAGUACAAAACGUAAGGUAAAAUAAUAACACGGUUUUGAAAGUAGACUAACUUUUGGAAUACAUCAAAAAAGUAUGUAGUUUUAUUUUAAGAUUAACAUGUCUGUGUUAAAUGUUGAUGAACUACCAUUUUAAUAAAAAUGUAUUUUUCAUA